AAACGUGGUUGCCUGACGGACUCAGCCCAUGAUUGGUGGAUGACUGAGGCCAUACACCGCCGGUGGAGCCGCAUUUCAUCCGCGCGAUUCAUUCGUCGUUCCUUCUUUCUCCCUGCAUCAGAGCCUCAUCUCUCUCUUUUCUUUCUCCUGAUUGAUGCUUGGGUGGGGGUGGCUCUCCACUCGGGCUCAGCGUCAGCCUGUCCUACUUGAGGAAAUGGCCCAGUACUUACUGUAUACAGACAGGAUACAGCCACAGCUGAAGCCCUACUACUUCUGCCAGGCUCAGUAUCCACUAGAGAUCAGCUGUACGGAACUACUACUACUACUAGACCAAGCUUGACACCGGCCCAUCGGGCACGACAACGACACUCGCAAGAUGAAACGGCGGCGGUACUCGCGGACCUCUACCGAGUCCGCAGUGGAGUCCUCCAGCAGUCAACCCAGCGAACCCCACUGAUCGACCAGGGUUCGGCGAGUCCGUAGUCCGUAGGGCGGACUACCCUGAGCAAGCCACGAUGGAUGGAUGGCCCCGGCUAGCUUGUCCUUGCCCGACGCACUGGGUCUCUCUUGUUGAGAACUGACUUUGGCUUUUUAAUGACCGUCUUCUUUUCGAUUGUCAUUCUGGGGACUGCCCUGGGGGAACGAACUGCAUUGAUUGAUUGAGGGAGGGAGGCCUUAAAUUCAUGUUCACCUUCUUUGCACUUGGCUGGUACUGUAUGCGGCGCUCUGAUCUGGUUUACGCUUGAGUGGUUCGAUGCUGUUACGCGACAGUGAUGCUGCGACGCCUGAAUUCAUUGAUAUAAAACUAUCUAGACGACGCUGUCGCUCGCUCUCUCUCUCUCUCUCUCUUUCUCUCUCUCUAUCAACUCAACCACUCCUCCGAGAUCGUCCUGACUGAGUCCUACUUCAUUCAUCCAUCAUUUUUGUGUUCUUUUCUGUCCUUCAACGCAACGUCAACCACCACAGUACCACCCACCAACCAACAUGUGCCUCCAAGUCGUCGAGCGCUUCUCCGUCUGCGAUUGUCUCUAUUUCAAACACGCGAUCGAUCCGUGUGCAUUAUUUGGCCAGAUCGGCCACGUCGUGUCACAGAGGGAUGUCAAAGUUGGAUACGCCUGUUCGCAGCACUCUCGAGGGCCGCAGGGGUAUGAAUACCCUUCUCGAUAUCCGGCUUACCCUAAGGGAUGUUGAGACCUGAACCUGUCAACAACGCAGCCGGCUGCACACAAAAGUUUCAGUUCUAUCGUGUCAAUUCAAUUCUUGCUUGAUGUGUCUUAUUGUUACUAAGGGUUAAGGCGGUUGAGUCUGCCGUAUGAUAUAAGUGAUGCCAGAGUUACUGCAGUGCAGUCAAGAGAGGGUUGGAUUAGAUUGUUCCCGGAGAUAUCAUAUAUGUACUGCAGGCAGAUAUUUGCAUGGGUGGAUAAAAAAGGGAAAAACCAAUAGGAUUGAACACAGUCAUUGUCCCGCUAUCACUGUAGUACUGGGCAAUCA